AUUAUAUAUUUAUCUAUCUAUUUAAUCUAUUAAAUGUGUCUGGACUCGGGACGAUAGAUAAUUUACCAGUCAUUUAGUCCGGACAAUUAAUAAACAUCUUCUAGUAAUCCUAUCUUACAUACACCUAAUAGUUGCUGGUUGUUGUACCUAUAAAUAGGAAGAGAGAGAGAGACGGAGAGGGGGACAGAGACGUGGAGAGCGGGGGUGGGUUCGAGAUGGAGGGGGGUUGCUGUUCCACGAGCGAGGAGACGAGGAAGCCGGCACCGGCGGUGGCGAGAAGGACCGCUUCCGCGGCGGCAGCAACGGCGGGGGCCGUGAAGGAGCGGCCGUAUAGAGGAGUCCGGAUGAGGAAGUGGGGGAAGUGGGUGGCGGAGAUACGGGAGCCCAACAAGCGGUCCCGGAUAUGGCUGGGGUCCUACUCCACCCCCGUGGCGGCGGCCCGUGCCUACGACACCGCCGUUUUCUAUCUCCGGGGCCGCUCCGCCCGCCUCAACUUCCCCGAGGAGCUCGCCGCCGAGGAGGACUGCGAGGCCGCUGGGCGCAUGUCUGCCGCGUCUAUCCGGAAGAAGGCCACCGAGGUGGGGGCUAGGGUGGAUGCCCUUCAGAGCAGCCUCCUCUCCCAGCGGCGGCAGCAGCAGCAGCAGCAGUCGAAUCGUUCCACUCUUGCGCCCAAGAAUCCGGAUCUCAAUCAGGAGCCAAGCCCCGAGAGCUCCGACGUGGAUUGAUUCAGAGGUAGCUUAGCUUAGGCCAAAUCAAUCCUCUCUUCCCGUGAGCACAAUAAAAAAAAAAAAAAAGGAAGAAAAAAAAAGAAAAAAGAAAGAAAGAAAGGGAAAAAAAAAAGACCGUCUCCGGCUAUGGCGGCACCCAUAGAAGAGAAGGAGAAGAAGGAAAGAAAUUCACCGUCAAGAGAGUGAUGGUUUUGGUUCUUCUCCUUGUUCGCUGUUUAGCUGUUUUCACUUUAUUUUAUAUAUAAAAAUUCGAGAUGAGAUGUCUGUUUGUUUUUUUU